AUCGCAUGUCGGUAACGAUGACGGCAUAGGUUGAUUAUGAUUUGGAUGAUGAUGAUGAUGAUGAUGAUGAUGAUAGUGAUAUGGAGGAAGAUUAUUUCGAUGAUGAUGAUCAUUAUGACGACGAUGAUGAUGAAGAGGAUGCAAAAAUUGGGACGAACAAACAGGCUCGAAGUCGGAAACCAAUUAAGGCUAGGUCACUCAAGUCUCUCAUGUAACAAAGGGGAGGAAAAAAAAAUUAAUGUUGUUGUUGUUGUUCUUCUUAGUAGUAUUUUGAUUAUUUUUCUGGGUUUUUGGGGGAAGAACUAGUGUAGCUAGCUACUUUGGUUUUUUUUUUUUAGAAAGGCUUGUUUUAUGGGUCUCUUUUGGUGUGGACUGUGGACUAUGGACUUACUAUGGUGGUGGUGUACGUGUGGUUUUUGUUUGGUUAAAGGCUAUGGGUUAGUGUGUGACUGUGUGCAACGUGGGUGUAGUAAGAUUAGAUCAGCUAGGCACCUGCUGGCCUUUUAUUUUAUUUGUACGUGAAUUUUGGGCCUUUUUUUGUAUGUAGAACCUCUCUGUAACUUUUGUACAUAUAUUAAGGUUUGCUUACCUUCUAUUGAAAAGAAAGGGCUACGUGAAUUGAGUUGGCAAAUUAAUUUGUAUUCUUAACUACAUGAAGAGUUAUCUAUUCCAAACUCUAUUGAUAAAUAGCUCUAUCCUUAGUUGCACAUUGCUGACUUAGUUCUUUAUUGCAGAGAGUCACAAAUACUUCACAGCGGUACUACGAUAGGACUUGUCAAGGACAGAAAAGGGAGCGGACGACAUUAUAUUGACCAUAUCAUCUUGUACGUUAUCUUUUUAAAGCUUAUUUGCAUUAGUAAAAUUAUGACUCAACUGAAUGCAGUAACUGUUAUAAUGCUAGAAGAUACAGUAGUAACCCUUUCUUUGAAGCAUUGGUCAAAGUGGCAUGGUUGCUUUGAUGCCACUUUGACUCCAUAGUCAAAGUGGCAUCAAAGUGGUUGUUUACCUUCUAUUAUGAUUCCAUGGUUGCUUGGAUAUUUUUUACUUGAUGAUAAUGUAUGCUCAUUUGAAAAGCUAUAUUGCUUGCUAAAGUUUAAUCAGUAAAUUGUUUACGUUAAUAGGAAAUAUUAAAUGUGGGCUCGUCUUACGUCUAAGUUCAAGUUUUAAUUGUGGGUUUGUGUUACGUUUGUGAUUUUGCUGUCUUUUCUUGUCUCUUCUGUAAUGGUAGACUUUUUGCUUUUUGUAGCAAUUCUGUUAGAAAAACUUUUGAUGUAUUUUGCAUCAUUUACAUGCCUUUAGAAAAAUCGAUAGUUGUGCUUAUUUAUUGGUUAAUAAUUAGAUUACAUGGAUUAUCAACUCUCCCGUAAUGAUGACGAGGAUAACGCAAGAAAGAGGCGAAGAAUAUUCGUCGUACACCAAGUUGUUACUGCAGCUGCUAUAGCUGUUAUGUGGCACGAAAAGCAUAUGGUGAAAGAGCCAAGCUUGGACUUCUCUGUAGCACGACAAAUGUAACUUAGGAGACUCUAUUAUGGGAUUGGUAGAGUUUGUAAGGAUCAACUCUGUCUAACUAAGCACUGUUUUACUGUUUUAUUCUCUAAUCUAAAAGAGCUAGGAGGAUUGAGAGAUUCAGCUCAUGUCCCUAUGGAAGAAGCAGUAGCUAUGUUUUUCUAUGUUCUUUCUUUCAAUUUGACGAAUCGAAAAGUGAGUUUCGAUUUUAUAAGAUCAGGGGAGACAGUCAGUCGUCAAUUUAACAUGGUGUUACAUGCUAUUUGAAGAAUGGGAAUCAAAUAUGUUAACCAAGAAAAAAUAGAAAUGGAGGGGUUCGAAGCUGAAAAAUGGAUGUGGUUUGAGAACUGCCUUGGAGCAUUAGAUGACACUCAUAUCAAACUAACCGUUCCACUAAGAGAUUAAGGAAGAUACCGAAGUAGGAAGGGUGAGAUAACGAAAAAUGUUCUGGCUGUGUGUGCCCGUGAUUUGAGAUUCAGCUACGUUUUGUCGGGAUGGGAAGGUUCUGCAGCUGAUAGUAGAGUAUUGCGCGAUUCCUUAACUAGAACUGACCCUUUUGUAGUACCCAAAGGCAAAUAUUUUCUUGUCGACGCGGGAUAUACAAAUGGACCUAGGUUUUUAGCUCCGUUUAAAGGGGUUCGUUAUCACCUUAACGAGUGGUCCGCUAGAGGUAACAACCCAAGAACUCCCAAAGAGUUGUUUAACCUCCGACAUGCAACCGUGAGAAAUGUAGUUGAACGAGCUUUUGGUUUGUUGAAGAAGCGGAGGAAAAUCAUGAGAGAAGUCUCUUUUUUUUUUUUUUAUGUUAAAACGCAUGUGAAAAUCAUCAACGCUUGUAUCGUGCUGCAUAACCUUAUUAGGAUAGAAGCUCCGAAUGAUCCGAUGCUGGAUGAAGUUGAUGCGGAGCUUCUUAUUAGAAAUAACCAAGAUGAUGAUGCUCAAGGUGGUGAGGAUGAUGAAGACACUCAACCUGUGCAUGGUGGUGAGGAUGAAGAAGACAGUCCACAUGUGCAUGGUGCUGCACAGAACUCCAGCCGAAUUACUGUAGUUCAAUUUGCUUAUGAAUGGAGCCAAUUUAGGGAUUCAAUAGCUGAAGCUAUGUUUCGUGAGUAUCAAAAUAGACGUAGCCUGUAAUUGUUACUAAAUUGUACUUGCAAUGCAAUACUGUUGUAAUGCUGGCUGUUGCACUCUCUCUUAUUCAUAGUGAAUAAGAUUUCAGGCAUUUUAUUUGAUGGGACAUGUUUCAAUUCAGGUCGUGCUGUUAACUGCAAUGUGAAUGUUGUUAUGUUAUCCUUUGAUUUCAAGAACUGAUUAAAAAUGGUACACUGUUUUGUGAUAUUACUGAGCAUUGUAUGGUUCUUGAGACAUGGUUUAUUCUUUUUUUUUUUUUUACUGUAUCUUGUCCCUGCAACAAAUUUUCAAUUUCGAUGAUGGUGGCUGAUGAUGUUGGCUGGCUGUAUCCCUGUAAUAGUUUUGGGUAUAUUUCAUACUGCAUUUGAGUACAAUGGCUUCUCAGCUUGUCUUUUUUUUUUUUUUU